AUGCAUAUCUUUUUUCGAAAAGUGCCUGUACAGUUGUCAAAUAGACGAGAGCUCGAUGCAUUACCUGGUGAGUUGUUAGCCUUCGAGGCAUCAUUCGAAAACGAUUGUUCUAAGAGCAUGUGCUGGCCUAGAGCAACAGUCCUGCACCUAACGCAUGGCUGUAAAGUAAUGCUUGAGUGGAACAAGUCUCACGAUUUAAAAAACGGAUCCCUUGGUAUAUUUACUGGGGAAAAAGGCGAUGUCCUUUUGGUUGCUUUUGAUGGUGGCGGCAUUGUAGAGAUUUCCAGGGAAACUUGGAUAAAGAGGAAUAGGAAUGGGAACAAAAUCGAAGUGUUACCCAAUUUCCAGUUGUUUUGGCCUAUGCAAUCACGUGCCAUAAAUCGCAAGGUUUGACAAUUGCGGUGGCAGUGGUGCAUUGUUCGCGAGAAUACGUACCUGGCCUCAUUUAUAUCGCAGUGUCAAGAGUCAAGUCCCCUCAAUGUAUCCAGAUUUUGAAUUUUAAUUCACUGCAAUUGUUGAAGCCACAGCAAAAUGCAGUCGAAAUGUGCUCCACCCACCAUACAUGUGCCCCCAUUGCAGAUUGGUCGUGUUGCUGCAAAAAGAGCUUCAGCCACGAUAACCUGUUAUGAGUCACAGAUCACUGUAAUGAAUGCGCAGAAGAAAGAUGGGUAGUCUUUCACAUUUCCUAGCGAGUUGCUGGAUGGCCCGGUUCGAGCUUGUUUUGAAGAUGAAGAUGUUGAUGUUCAACUGGAGUUGUUGGAUAUUUACGACCGAUUCACGAGGCAUGAAUCAAGUCCCUCAAGUCCCUCAGAUGAAUGUUUUAACAAAUGCCGAGAACACUUGUUGGCGAUGA